CUCUCCCCUUCUUUCUCUCUUCCCCUCUUUUCGCAGCCAUAUCGCAAGUACAGUAAUUUGAGGCUAGAGCGGCUUUCUGGUCCCCGCCGCUCCGUGCACGAUGCAUCCCCAUGCAGUCUUAUGUGUCCCCGCGCCGCUGGCCAGAUUUCUCUCUCUAUAAUUUCACGGAUAUCAAUCCUAUCAUUCAAGAACCCUUCCGCAACCCCUCGCCUGCCUCCCAGGCUUCUCAUUCUUUCUUCGCACGGAAAAGUUGGUUGAAAAAAGUUUGCUGCCUUUUUCUGGGUUUUCAUGGUUCCUUAAGUACUUUUGGACAAACAUUAGCUUUGAUACACAUUUCCUCACGAUUAUGACUGUCUCCCAUGUGGCGUCCGAUGCCACAGAAUCAACACCGCUGUUGAAUGGUCCCCUCACUCAACCAUCUUAUACCUGUCAUUCCGGACACAAUGAGGCUGAUUCAUGUCUAUCCCCCUCAGCACUCACCGUCGGGGAUAGCGCAGCACUGCUUGGUCUUACCAAGGUCGCCUCAAUACCUCAAGGGCCUGAUAUUGAGCCCAGUUUAGAGGCACUUCCCCCAGCACCCGAGGAUGAUGGGAAAGGGACCAAUGAUCCAGAGGCGGGCCAGAGACAACAAGCCAGCGAAUAUGCCUCGCGCUUCAUCAAUGUCUCUCCAUGGCGGUUCUGGCUCAUCUUCGGGGGAGUCAUGAUGGGCUACAUCAUCGGCUUCUUCGAUUCCACCCUGAUGGCUUCUAGCCACCCAGUCAUCACUUCGCACUUCCAUGCCUCCAAUUCAGCCUCAUGGCUUUCGACGGCGUUUCUGUUGACAUCUACAGCUUUUCUACCUCUGUUUGGACGCAUCUCCGACACUGUGGGAAGAAAGCCAGUUUAUCUCUUUGCAAUCACCGUCUUCUUCCUCACCACAGCCUGGUGUGCGGCUGCCCAGAGCAUGCUGAGCUUUAUUGCAGCCCGGGCGUUCUGCGGCAUGGGUGCCGGUGGCGUCUUCUCCAUGGGCAUGAUUCUUUCCAGCGACCUCGUUCGCUUGGAGUAUCGAGGGGUCUACCAAUCCUACAUCAACCUCUGUCUUGGCCUGGGUGGCUGUCUUGGGCUUGCAUUUGGCGGUUAUCUAUGCGAUAAAGUAGGAUGGAGAGGCGCUUUCCUCGUACAGCUACCCUUCAUCUUCGUCUACUUCAUCGUGGCAGCCUGGACUGUGCCCGCCGACCUGGGCCGGAAACGAGCCAAGACGCAGCGUCUGACGUUUCUCGAGCUGCUGAAGAACAUUGACCUUAUGGGGUCGUUCCUCUUGGUACUAGCGGUUACCUCGCUCAUUAUGGGACUUAACCUGGGCGGCAAUGUGUUCAGCUGGACCCAUCCGAUCGUCAUCACCUCCCUCAUCUCUUUCCUCGUCUUCGCGGUUCUUUUUGUUCGCUAUGAGCGUAACGUGGAGCGCGGAGUCAUGCCGAUCUCGCUCCUGCUGAAAGAGCCGCGCGCCAGCCUCAUCUUUGGGAACUUCUUCGGGGCGAUCUCGGUCAAUACUAUGGUAUUCAAUGCGCCUCUCUACUUUCAGGCAGUGAAAUUAGCCUCGCCUACGGACUCUGGCCUUCGGCUGGUCGCUUCUACACUUGCAGUAACCUUCUCGAGUGUAUUAACUGGGUUUCUGAUUACCUGGACCAAGCGACUGAAGCCGACAGUCAUGAUUGGCGAUGUGUGUCUCCUUCUAGGAGGUAUAGCAGCCGCCACCAUAGGGGUGGAGACUCCGGAUGUGGUUGCCAUGAUUUGCGUUUCAUUGUCGAGCCUGGGCCAGGGGUUUGCGUUCCCUUCGCUAAUGGUAUCAGUUCUCGCGACCUCCGAACAAGAGGACCAGGCUGUGGCUACGACAACCUUGGGCUUGUGGAGAAACCUGGGAUCCGUCAUGGGGGUGGCAACAAGCAGCUGGAUUUUCCAGAACAGUCUGCUAUACCAGCUUGACGAAAGGGUUACUGGCACCAACAAGGACGAAGUGAUUCUGCUGGUCCGUAAGUCCGUGCAAGCUAUUGCUAACUUGGACCCUCUCAGCCAACACCAGGUGAUCGGGGCGUAUGCCGCCGCUCUUCGGGUAACUUUCUUUUCCGCUGCGGUAUGGGGUACCCUCAUGCUUCUGCUUCAUCUCCGCGUUCGCCUGCCCAGACUAGGAAGCAAGGCGUAAUCGUUGUCCGCCGAGUCCGAUAUGUAUCCUUCAUGACGUCGCCUGCGAGAAGGCGAUUGUCGCUGGCAACUGUAACGAGUAGAGUCCCAGCCGUGAGGCUGUAUUCAAGACUGCGAGGUCGCAUAGAUCUUGAGAUCAUGCUGCGUGAUCUAAGUGGUGGUACAAGGUGAUAUACCCUUUCAAAAGCAUAUUGAAACUUAAGUAGAUAAGGAGUAGUAGAUACUAGGUAGAAUACAAG